CGGAAGAGAAACAUGAGUUCAAUCACGCCUCGAAAACGCAGGCGACCCCUGCUCUCGUGUGUCGAGUGUCGCCGCCGCAAAGUCCGCUGCGACCGCGACGAACCGUGUGCUCGAUGCGUACAGAAUGGGGUCCGAUGUCUCUAUAAGGCCGAUGCAGGCGACAUCGCAUCUCCGUUCAUUAAAAACCGGGGAAGUCAAGUCGGGGCCUCUGCUCAGCUUGAUGGCCACACGCCCGUCUGGCAGGAGUCUCGCUAUGAAAGGUCAGUAACGGCAUCUCAAGCUCAAGAAACACAUGUCUUGCAGCAACCAGAGAAUCACCAUCACACCAGAGACCCUGUUAGCUCCGGCCUCGCUGGACCUGGAAAUUCAAGGAAUGGACAGGUCCGAGGUAUUCUGUCCAAAUCUCGCCUGCUCGGUCCAACGCAUCCGGUCACUACUUAUCGACAGUGCGAUAAAAUAUACCCGGCAGGCGUAACGGAGAACGUGGUUGGCUCGAAAGCGUCGAUUGACUCUGCAUUGCUAUCCGAAACACAGAUGCUGAUCGCUUCAUCCAAGACCUUGGCAAGGGCUAUCAAGCGAAGUCAAAUGAGCCGGACAUUUGAUGCAGACGAUGUCUUGCAAAUUCUGCCAGCUAGAGACGUGGUCGAUGCCCUGGUAGAACACUAUUUGCGGGUCGUGGAAGGCCCCUUUCGCAUUUUGCACAUACCAGCCUUUCGAAAGAAGUACUCGUCGUUCUGGGACAAUCCGAAUAAUCACGAGCCACUGUCUACCGUGCACAUCCUUCUCGUCGCUUCGAUUGGGGUUCGCUUUCAUCAUGAUAAUGAGACCGAGCUUUUGUCUCGCGGGCGUCAAUGUAUUGGAAAGGCGCAGUCAUAUCUUUCAGAACUCGCGCAGAAGGAUCUUGUGUCGGUCGCUGGGCUGCAGGCUCAGUGCCUGCUCUCCGUAGCUUUACAGUAUAGCCCGAUCAAGCCACAGGCUGCUUGGCUAACCCAGGGAAACCUGCUCCGUACAGCGGUCUACAUGGGCUUACAUCGAGACGGGGAGCGGUUUCCCAAUAUGUCCUUUUUCAAUGCGGAGAUGCGUCGCAGAUUGUGGUACACGGUCUUGGAGCUGGAGCUCCAGGCGGCGAUGGAUAUCGGGAUGGUUCCGAUGGUGAGCCAUGAGGAUUUCGAUACGAAGUAUCCGUUGAAUAUCGACGACAAUGAUUUCGAUGCGACAACAAAUCAACCGGAACCUAGGGUCGCUCAGGUCUGGACGCAAGCCUCGCUACAGAUCCUGCUCUCGCGGUCUCUCGAGACGCGGUUAAGAGUCGCGCGUUUGAUGAACAAUUCUUUCACAGAGCCUCGAUAUGAAGAUGUUCUGCAUUUAACUAAGACAUUGACUGCUUCAAUAUCGGCCUUAAACAAGGACCUGGCGACGCACGGACUGCAUACCAGCUCCCUCCACCAGAACCUAGCAAAUUGCCUCACCCGACGUUUCAUUCUAGCUCUGCAUCAGCCCUUCGCAGCCAAGGCCCAUCACGAUCCACGAUUCCACUAUUCCCGCAAAGUCUGUCUCGACCACGCCUUCCUGAUCCUGUCCCCUACGCCGAGUUUCGAUUUCGACCGCAUGCUCCUCAACACGGUGUCGCUCUUUCGCCAUAUUAUGCACUUCGCGGCAAUGCUGGUUUGCGUUGAAUUGAUUGCACAGAUCAAGGAAGAUCAGCCCGAAACACAACUUCUGUCUCUACACCAGACGGACCGAAAAGGGUUACUUUCUGUCGUCCAACCCGUCUUCUGGAUCACAGAGGCCCGGCUUAGGUCCGGGGGCGAGACGAAUGUCAAAAGCCAUGUAUUCUCGAAGAUAGCAAUCGCCCAGAUCCAAGCUAUGGAGCAAGGAUGGAAUGUCCAGGAGCAUGUCCUGGCCAAGGCGAAGAGGGGUGCGUCGAAGGCUUUGGAAUUGCUUCAGCAGCAAUAUGCGCUGUGUUGCGGUAGUGACGGUGGUGUUAAUAUGUCCCUGUCUGUAGGCGACGGUGUUCCGUCCCGGGGAAUGGAUGAAAUCAUGGAUCAGAAGCCGUACGAUGAUGUUGGUGUUGAGUUUGAUCUAGGGGAUACGGCGAAUUGGCUUUUUGCGGCUUUGGCUGAUAUUUAAGCUAGAACCUUGGAAAUCAGGCCAAUAUUUCUAAACCUUUCACUAAUAUUGCCAGCGGUACAUAGGCUUUAUACUUAGAAUAUAC